UGUUUUUGAUCGCGCCCAACCUUGCUUAACACAAAGGAAUACCCUUAAUGUUGAUUUGUUAUCAAAAACAAUAGCAAAGUUUGUUAUUACAAAACAUUUAGCAUGGCCGACACAACUGGAAAUGAGGAGCGCCGUGCGCCGGAGGAACUGGAUGUGGGCAGUGAGCAUUUUAAUCCACUGCUUGCGCUAUAUGCCGCCAACUAUAAGGUGACAGAAAAGGCGCCGAAAGUACUCUAUCAAAAUCUGGCCGCAUUUGAAACUGCGCUGACAAAAUUUGGCGUUUGGCAGCUAAAUAAACGACAGAAAACCAAUGAUGCGCCAGCAACAAAGCACCAAACCGACAGCAGGAAGAACCCAUUCACGGCGGAUACCACACGCCGUUUUGAGCCGCAUCAGAUGCCAAUUGAGGGUGUCCAGAAACUUAAAUACAAACGCAAUCUUUACACACAUAUGGCAAGCGCUGAAGGACCAUUGGCGCUGCUACAAAAAUAUUUACCUGCUGGGCAGGAAAGGCUGUACCAGCGGCGUCUGUGUGUCCACAUACGCAAGGAACAUGGUAUUGGUGGUCGCAUUGAGGGCGACUUGGUAGCUUUCGACAAACAAUGGAACCUGCUGCUGAAGAACGCCAUCGAGUUUCGUCAGCGUCGCAAAUAUAAAUAUGGGCAGCAAAAUAUAUGCAACACAUCCGCGUUCGAGGAUUGCAGCGAGCGACUUCACCAACUGGGCAUUGAACUGCCCAAAGUGCAUGUAAAGAGUUUAAACCGUAAGAAUGUCGAAUUGAGUCGGGAAUUGCCCCAGUUGAUGGUGCGCGGCGAACAAGUUGCUUUUAUUACUUUUAUUAUCAAUGCAAAGGAGUAA